AUGACCGGUGUAACUAAGAUUUGUCCAAACUGCAAAGAGACUUUACAGAAGUGCUUAAUCCAACAAAACUAUGGUAUUGUGAUUUGUCCAAACGAAGAGUGCAUGUAUCCAUUCAAUGAAGCGGAGGCUAUUGACCAAAUAGUGCAAGUGAACGAUAAAGAGAUCUUGCAAGCGGCAAAAAUGAGAUUGAGAAAUGACAAUACGCUGUAUGGCAACGAUGGCAGCAAAACAUCCUAG